GCCAAUCCAAACUCUCCAUUUAAAAUCAUGUGACGUUAAACUCCAAAACAAUAGCAGUUCGGACUUUCGAUCUCAGUCUCUGUCGAAACUAUCUCUGCGUUUGCAGGUCAUUGCACAAGAGCUUUACUUUACAAUAUGUUAAAUAAUCUGUAAUGAAGUCUGCUCUGCUUCACGUGUCGGUGCCUUUUGUGGUGUGUGUUGCCUUAGCAAACACCAGCUUGUUCGACGAAGUUGAGGUGGACUUGUCUUCUGACCAUUAUGCGGAGAAAAUGGUUGAUUCUCUGCCCAGUUUCUUGGCGAUGCCCUGUAACUGUCUGGUUAACCUGGCUUAUAUCUUCAUGGGACUGUACUGGCUGUUGUGGCACAGAGGCGUUCAGGACACGAACCAGAGCCGGUACAUGAGAGAGGUGUUCGCCUUCAUGGCUGUGUUCUACGGACCUGUGCAGUGGACACGCCUGGCGCUGCUGCGGCGCGUUCCCGCCGUGCUCGACCAGUGGUUCACCCUACCGAUUUUUGCGUGGGUUCCUGUGUGGCUCAGCUUUAUAGAGCGCGGGCCAGAGAAGUGGCGCGCGAGGCACGCGGCAGCCCACGUACUGUUGUCUAUUCUCAGCUACGGCCUGGCGCUGGCGCACGAGCGGGGCUUCGAGUUGGCGCUGGGCUGUCAUGUCGUCAUCGCGGUGUACACGGGAGUUCACGCGCAGCUGGCACACGGGGACGGUCGCACGCGGGGUUAUUUGCUGCUGGCGGUGCUGUCAUGUACGGGGUUCGUGGUACUAAAGCUGCUGGAUCACUGGCUCGCUCGGUACCGGCUCUUUCAGCGGCUCACCGGACACUUCUGGUCCAAAGUGUGCGACGUGCUGCAGUUCCACUUCAGCUUCUGUUUCCUGACCACACUGACACAGAGGGCGCAGGGAAAGACUGCAGCACAGCGGGACUGAGCAACAACCGGAGGAGAAGAAACGUCGAGAGACAUUUUACUUUAAUCCAAGAUACACGAUGUUGUUUUGACUAUCAGGCCUGGCAGAUGUAGCCAUUAGUGGGCUAUUAUAACCUAACACCAACUAAUUCACCGUUGGGUUGGAUUUGUCCAAAUAAUGACAUAGCAAGAAAGCAAAAUUAAAAAACAGAAAAGUAUAAACCGGAAGUAUAAACAGGAAAAACUAAUGAACAAGGAGUUUUGCAUGCAACAGAGGAACCAGAUAAAACACUAAAAGUUGAAAUGAGUUACUUCCAUAGUUUAGCCCUAAAUCCAAAAAGUCUCUGCAGCAGUACAAACUUUAAUCAAAGUUGAUGUGCAGACUUAAUAGUAGUUAAUAGUUAGGUGUUACUCAAUAUGCAAAUGUAUUUAAAUAUGAAAAACAUUCACCCAUCUCUCCUCUUUCCAUUUUCUCAAAAAAAAUGUUUUUGCACUGUAAAGGAUUCCGAGAAUCCCCGCAUCGAAAGGCUAUAAAUCCAAAAGAAAUAUUUUUUGACUCUGCCUCAUUGCCUAUAAUAUACUCAAACCCUUGUAAAUAUUCUGGAGCCUGGCCAUUUAGGCAUCUAUAAAUGUAACCAUAAACCAUGAUUAAAAAUGUUUUGUACUUAAAUGUAUGAAAAUGGAUGUUGUCCAAUCUUACAAAUUUUACAAACAAGUCUGCUGUUGCUUAGAAAGACCAUACUGAUAGAAAGUACAUGCAACUGGUAAAUCCACAUCUCAUCUGCUGCAUCUGAGUUUGAAUUUGUACCUUAUUUAUAAAAAGUGACUUUCACAUUCACUGUAGCAAAUGCUGCUCAUGUUCCAAAUGUUUUGAUGUUUCUGUGUAUCUCACGUGACAGAGCACAAAGAUGGAGCAUGUUCACAUUUCCCAGGUGCGAAGAACCAUUUGACGUGUAAAAUUCAACAUUUCUGCAUAA